CGUGGAAGGAAGUGACAGUGUUCAAAUCGUAGAUGUCUGGAGAGACAACAUGGAACAAGAGUUCUCGUUGAUUCGUGCAGCAAAAAACAAGUUCCCGUAUGUAUUCUUGAACACAAAAUUCUCAGGAUCGCUUUUUACAGAAAGGAGUUAUGGAGCAUUGUCAGGAAACCUAGGACUCGCCAAACUCAUUCAAGUGGGUCUCACGUUGUCUGACGAACAAGGGAACAUUCCCAUGAUCAUGAGUUCGACAACGCACGAGGCCAAGCAACGUGUCUGGCAGUUCAACUUCUGCGAGUUCGAUCCAAAAACCGAUCCCAAAUCUCGAGACAUCAUCGAGACUCUAAUUUACAAUGGUAUAGAUUUUGAGAAGAACAAGAAUUGUGGUAUCAAAUACAGCGAUUUUGCAGGGUUUUUAAUGUCGUCGAGGCUUGUUCAGGACGAUAAGGUUCAAUGGAUUGCCUUUGGUUCGUCUGAUUUUGGGUACAUGGUGAAGCUGCUUACUGGGAAGAAGAAUCUUCCGGAAACAGAACAAGAGUUCUUCAAGAUUCUUAAGGAUUUCUUCCCUGUUUCUUAUGAUCUGAAUUACCUGAUAAAAUUCACCACCAACCUGCGAGGUGAACUGGAAGACGUGGCUACGGUUUUGAGGGAGAAGAGAGUUGGACCGACGGCACAAGCCGGUUCAGAUAGUUUGCUAACGAGUCGUGUAUUCAAUAAGCUCAAGCAUCAGCAUGUGUACUUCAAUGGAGCUAUACCUGAGACAUGUCGUGGUGUUUUGUCCGGCUUGGCUGGUAUUGAACUUUAGUUUGGUUUAGAUAGACGUAGCGAAACUUCAAGAGGGACGGAGCUACGUUGUACGUUGAGGGAAGGUUCAGCCACUUCAUGACGUAGAACACAGGAAUUGCAGCAAGGCUUUUAGCUUCCAGGUUCCCCAUUCACACACGCACACAUAUAUUAUUAUAUAAUUAUAGAGACUUGCAUGUAAAUUGUUGAGCUAGGUGGCAUUGCAAGGUAAUAAGGUAUUGCUGAUGUGGCACUGUAAGGGUAAUACGGUAUG